UGAAAUCUGGAUCCAAUAUGGCCUCUUGCAGCGCAGAUCAGGAAGGACAUUAUUCAAUCUUCAGGAGGCUCAUAUGGGAGCACGACCUAUGAAUGGUUUUGAUAUACUAUAUGGACCAUAGAAAUGAAAAUAGACAACUGGUGACCAGAGAGCAGAGACAGACCAGCCAGACUAGUUCAUGGUGGCUGUGGACGUUUGAAAUUCAGCUCAUCUGUUCUCCGUCAUCAGAGGCCAAGGGGUGCACGGACGGCAUCCUCGGUGGUUCCAAUUUCCAGCCCAUUCCCCAAUUUUCAACCCCAAUGACAGACAACACACGCUUGAAUGGCUGUUCAGCUAAAGAAGGGAAUUGUGCUGCUGACAGUGGGGUGUUGGCGUCUGUGGAGGGUGAAAGAUGGCAGGCCAUAAUGAACCUUGGUCUGACCUUUGACCUCCUACUCACGACAACGUCACCAGCUGAGGGCUGCCACAGAGGGUCUGCUCGUAUGGUUUGCUCGUGUCACCUCCCUCAGCAUUGCCCACCGGCUUUCCAGGAGGACUUCACCACAGCUCUCACCUGCCUUGUCUCGGACUGCAUUCCUGCCUCAGCCUGCCUGCUCUCCUCAGGCUCGUGGCGGUCUGCUGUCUGCAUCCAGUCCACCGGCUUCCAGCCUUACCUCCACACUCCUGGUUCCUCAUUGCAUGUUCUUCUAAAUAAACGGAACCUGCUACUGCACACUCGCUGUCCUGGUCGUGCUUUUGGGCCCAGCCCCGGUAUACCAUAA